AUGGACAAGAACCAACAAAAUAACAAGUCAAAAAUUCCUCAAUUAAGAAUGUCAAAACUACCUAGUAAAGUGCCAGCAACCGGGAGUAUGCCUCAAAUGAAAAGUCGAGAAGUUACUAUGACAGCAAGUACAAAUAACCGUGGUCCACAAAAAGUUACAUCAAAGGCCAGUCAAGAAAAGAAAUCAGCUGCAACAUCAAUAGCUCCUAAAACUUCAAAUGCUACUAGUCGAAGAUGGGCACCUAGUUCUUCUAUAAAGAAUUCAAAUAUAAACAGAACUAUAAAAAAAGUUCGUCGUCCAGAUCCAGUUGCAAAACUUGCAACUAAAAGUAUUACAAUCGCACAAGAAAAGCCGAAACGAACUAUUAAUAAACCUGUGUUAAAACGAGCAAUAGGUAAAAACGUGAUGAUGAACAACGAAAGACUAAGAGUUCCUCAAAAAAAGCUAGUAAUGUCAGCUCCUACCCUUAAAAGAAAGAACGAAGGUGUUCUAGUUGAUCGAAGACGAGAGGUUUUAUCCACGCGUGAACUUAAAGAAUUUAAUAAAAUGCGUGAAAGAUAUGCUCAUUUAAAAGAUGAUAUUGGAGCAGCUGAAAUUACAAAGGCUCUUGCAAUUGCGGGUAGAACUUCACUUGUAUCUGAAAAAGAACGCCUUAAAAGAGAACAUAAUGCACAAUUCGUAAAAGUAUGUCAUCUAGAACAUGUUCUGGCAUGUGAACAAUCAAAGACGACAAGUUUGCUUGACCAAAUCGCUAAGCGCCAAUCAGAUUACUUUUUGAUAACUCGGGAGAAAGAAGAUCUAAUCGUAAACCUAACUAGACUAGAAGAAAAAAACAAUGAAGCAGAUAAAGAACUUGAAGAACUAGAAAAGGACUUAGCUAUUAGUGGCGCAGAACUUGAUGAAGUCAUAGCAAAACUUGACGUGAAACUCCGCGCUAAUGCUGAACUUAAAUCUACUGUGGAUCAAUUGAGGCUUUGCAACCAAUUAUAG